CAUCAUCAUCAUCUUCGUGACAUGGGCGGCGGGUCAGUCCGGACAUAAACACACAACACAUGAUUGAAUCGAUACUCCUUCAUCACAGCAGCUGACUCUGAGUGGCAGCAGCUAUGGGAGGCCAAAACACUUGGUUUCCCUGGGUUCACUGCCAGGAGAGUGAUUCCCCUGGUCCAGACCACGAGAGGGAGAAGAAAUAUGCGGAGCUGUUCGAUCAGCUGGACCUCAACAAAGAUGGACGCAUCGACAUCCUUGAACUCCGGACUGGGCUGGCAGAGCGAGGGCUUUCCAGAGGCUCCAUAGACAAGAUUGUCAAGACUGGGGACACCAACCACGAUGGAGUACUGGACUUUGAAGAGUUCACACGUUAUCUUCGCACCCAUGAAAAACAGCUCAAACUCAUGUUUAGAAGCCUCGACAGGAACAACGAUGGUCGGAUAGACGCGACGGAGAUCCAGCACUCUCUGCGUACCAUUGGAGUGGACGUCAACCUCAAGGAUGCCACCAGGAUUUUGCUAAGUAUGGACAAGGAUGGUUCCAUGACCAUUGACUGGAAUGAGUGGCGUGACUACUUCCUGUUUAACCCCCUCACCAAUAUGGAGGAUGUGGCACGCUACUGGAAACGAUCAAUGAUGUUGGAUAUAGGUGAGCAGCUGACAGUCCCAGAUGAAUUUUCAGAGGAGGAGAAGAAGUCUGGGUAUGUGUGGCGGCAGUUGAUGGCAGGAGCCAUGGCUGGGUCUGUAUCUCGGACAGGAACUGCACCCUUGGAGCGUGUCAAGGUCUUCCGACAGGUUCAUGGUUCUUUUGUUGUUAAAGGGAACGUCCUGAGCAGUUUUCAGUUCAUGGUGAAAGAGGGAGGACUGCGGUCACUGUGGAGAGGCAACGGAAUGAAUGUUCUUAAAAUUGCCCCAGAGACUGCAAUCAAGUUCACAGCAUAUGAGCAGAUCAAGAAUAUUAUGCGUGGCCGUAAUGAAUCCAGAAAUCUGCAGGUCCAUGAGAGGUUUGUCGCCGGCUCUUUGGCCGGAGCUGUGGCUCAGACAGCCAUCUACCCGAUGGAGGUGCUUAAGACCCGUCUGAUACUAAGAAAAACAGGCCAGUUCUCAGGAAUCGCCGACUGUGCCAAACAGAUCCUGCAGAGGGAAGGUGUCACCGCCUUUUACAAGGGUUAUGUACCGAACAUGCUCAGCAUUGUCCCUUAUGCUGGCAUUGACCUGGCUGUUUAUGAGACUCUAAAGUUUUCCUGGCUGAACAGAAACAGAGGUUUCGCCGACCCAGGGGUCAUGGUGCUGGUCGGCUGUGGUGCCGUCUCCAGCACCUGUGGACAGCUGGCAAGUUACCCUCUGGCACUGAUCCGCACUCGAAUGCAGGCACAGGCUUUAGAGAAGGGAACCCCAAAACCCUCCAUGUUGGCCUUGCUUCGCAACAUUGUGACUCAGGAGGGCGUCGCUGGACUCUACAGAGGAAUUUCUCCCAACCUGCUGAAAGUCAUUCCUGCAGUCAGUGUGUCCUAUGUUGUCUACGAAUACACAAGGAUAGUCCUGGGAGUGGACAUUGAGGGUAGGAGGGCAGGGAAAGAGAAGGGGUAGGAAAAGGAUACUGCCAAUCGUUUGGCGUGGCUUUUCUCUACGUGCACGUACAGAAGUGUUGGGGCGGUGCAUGAGGAUUUGACCGCCUUGUGAUUGCAGGUGUUGACGUUUCAGGUUGAGUAUUGAAUUGAAUGGAGAAUGAACCAUGGAAGGAAAAGAGAUCGACUACACGUGUUGUGACAGCAGAACAGUUGGAGGAGUUUCACCUGAACAUGAAACUGCUGUGAAGAGUUUCGUGUGUGAUUUACUGCACUGCAGUGCAUACCAGGAGUUGUGUGGAAGCUAACCGAGUAGCCUUUUGCUACUGCAUGAGCUUGACUGAGAAUGAAAAUGGGGUGUAACCAACUCAAGCAGCCAUGUUGCAUUACUAUAGCAUUAUUUUUCUCCUAGGUGAUUUGUAGAGAAGAUAAAGGACCGGAAAGCGGAUUGAAACCUUCUUCCCUGUUCUGCAAGUGGAUCCUGCAGCAAGUCGCUGCAGACAGGUGAAGUUCAAGUCAGCACUUUUGACUGACAUGUCUUAAACAAAUGUUACACAUAUUUAAGAACAACAAUGUGUGCAUAUAUACAUAGAUACAUGUAUAUAUUUAUAAAGUCACUGCAGAUAACUGAUUUUAAUGCAAAAAUAUUCACGAUUUACAUAUGUAUUCUGAUGCAGAUACUUGCCAUAUAGUAUUUUCAGCAAACUGUAUGUGUAAAACAUACCAUUUCAUCAACAAACAAACAAGAAAUGAUGUUAAAUGUCAAUGAACUAUUUUGAGGUGUCAGUAUUUGUUGUGGUGUAUAUGCAAAUAAAUGCAUGCAUGGCG